AUGAGCUAAAGAAGUCUUUAUUAGAACUAUUCUGAAAAACUUGAUACAUCUGGAGAAGGUUGCCUUUCAGAAACUUAAGAAAUCUCAUAACUAUUUUUAAAUUACAUAAAGACUUAAUCCAUCACUGAGUCGAAUACUUUAAAGAAAUCUAAAGAAUUUUUAAAACAAUUGUAAACUAUAUCAAUUAUUUUCACUUGUUAUGAAGCUAUUACUUUUUCUAGUUGCUUUAUAGUUUUUAUCAUCAGUCAAGAAUAUUUAUUAAUUUACUUUGGAGUUGGAUUAUUUUUCAAAUUUUUGAUAUUUCUAUAUCUAACUAUAUCAGCUAAAAAAUAAAAAUAGUAUAUAGGAUGUAAAUCUACAAUUACAAGAAAAAUAUUUUUAAAUAUUAUUAGAACAGAAAUAAAUCUUGAUUCUGAAAAAAGAGUUGAAAUAAGAUUAAUUGAUUUAAUAAUUGGAUCUAAAUUGACAUUUAAAUAAAUUCUUUUAGAAUUUGUAAAUAUCCACAAAAAAUCUUUAAUACUUAUCAUUUUAAUAUCGAUAGGAAUUUUUGCUAUGUGUAUCCAAUUUAUUAUUUUAGAAUUUAAGAAUAAUUUAUAUUUAAUAAUCCCAGAAUUUGCAUUAAUUUCAUUACCACUUAUCUUAAUCUUUAUUAUCUUAUCCUUUAUGUUAAUAUACAUAGGCUUUAAUUCUUUAAUCAACUUAAUACAAAUGAUCAUAGGUGUUAUUAUUAACAUAUGUGUUUCUUUACCAAAUCUUAUAAAAUAUUUAUUAAAAAAUAUUCAAGUUAAAAGGGUAAAACAUUCUAUAUUAAUGAAAUAUAUUCAUAAUUCAUUUACAACUAAAGAUAUUUGUUCAAUAUGCCUAUGUUCUUUUUAGAAUCAAGGAAUUUUAUUAUCAUGCAAGCAUCUUUUUCAUGUAAAAUGUAUAGAAAAAUGGUUUUUUACGAAUAAUUCAUGUCCUGUAUGUAGAUAAAAAAUUAAUAAUAAUGAUGAAAAUUAAUAAGAAUGA